AUGUCCAUUGAUAUGUUCCGGCGCGACACCUUCAACCAAACGACAGCGGUGUGUGACUUUACUUCUGCGGAAGCGGCAGUUAACAGGAGGGGUCGGUGUCACCGAUUUAACACCAUCCCUGACUUAGGCAGAAAAUACAGCAGCAGCAGUGGCGACACGUUGGUUGCGGCGCAAAAUAUCGACUUUACGCCUGUGCAGCUUCCAACCGCCUCGCAAACCACAAAUAUAGUCCGAGUUGGCACGUUGCCGCAAUCAACGUCGCUUGGCAUCAGUGGUGCGUAUUCAGGUCUCCCUUAUUGGCAGCGCUACAAAAACAAACCCUUGCCAGUCGACGCGACCGAUUACAGCAGUGAUGAGAGCAGUAGCGAAGGAUGGAUGACGGGAUUUUGUCCUGUCCGCCGGGCGGAGCGUCCUAAUAUAGGUUUUGAAAAACUACCGCUUCUGAAAAAAGCCGUAGACAAAAUAGCAAAGUUUUUCCAAAUCAGGAAAUUAGCUAGCCGCGAUCGACAGCUGGCGGACUUUGCACCCAAAUUAGGCAGAUUUGCUUUUGGGCGCUGCGACUGGUCUCUGCUCAAGCGGGAACACACUCAUGCAGGGUUUCAUCGAGUUGGUGGGACCGAUUGCAGUAGUCCUCAUCGUCCUUUUGCUGCUGAUGCAAUCAUAUCUUCUAGAACUGCCGCUGUAGUGGUAUCUGCCUAUGAGGCCAUGCCCGUUUCCGGAAAUGUGAAACGACACGGAUUGCUUGUUGAUACAAGCGACUACAGGUACAAGAGCAGCCACCGGGACAACAACUGCGUCACCGACAUUGACCAACACAAUAAUAUUCGACACGUGCAUUCGACUAUCGUCCGUGGCAAUGAUGUGCGGUCACAAUGCAAACAGGCACGGCUUGUCUCCAUUGAGCGCGUUGGUCAUAUGUAUGCGAUAAAGCCUAUAUCUAAAGUAUAA